CAGAAAGUCAUAGAAAAAAACCUUCAAGAUGUGUGUAUGAUGUAACAAUGAUAAAAGGGUUAAUUUCUUUUCUGAUGGUAACCAUAUGGGGAUGUUAGUAGUAGUACUAUUAACUGAAAAGGGGGGAAGGAAUGGAAAGAGAUAAAAGAAAAGGGAACUCAGAUAUCCAUGCUGGAUGCAUGGAACAUAACACAUACAACACUCUGAAACACCUACUCGAAUCAAGAGAUGGUGUGUAUUGGUGUAUGUGAAAUGUACUAAUGGUAAAAGGGUUCUUUCUCUUUUGGCUUGGCUAGUUUAUGGGAUGACUGGCUGGGUCUAUGUGGGCUAGUUCUAGUAAUUAGAACUAAGUAAUUAAAGAAGGGAAAAAUGAAAACCAAAAAAAGAAAUUAAAGGAAAAAAUGUACAGAAAAGAAAGAGAAAGGUGGUAGUACUGGUUUAUAGCUAAUAUAGCUCUCUGCCAUUGUUUCAGAGUUUUGGCAGAAGGUCUUUUAACUUUAUCUCCUCCUCAUCCUACCUCAAAUAAUUCUCCCUAUAUUUCACUCUUUUUCCUCUCUCUCAAUUCCUUAAUAAGUGUUUAAAAAUCCCAUUUUUUCCCCCACUCACUCUAGUGUGUAGUGUGUGUGUGAAUGAGGCCACUGUGUAAGUACUACUAGGGGGAGUAGUAGUGUAGUAGUCCUCUCUCUCCCUGCCAACAAAAACAGAACGAUGUGAUUGAACAAAGCCUCAGAGACCUGAGCAACUGCAAGAAAAAAACCAGUACCUUCCCCCAGCUCUUCUUUUAUUUACUCCUCUUAAAAAAAAGGCUUCACAUUUUUUCAGGAAUUCUGUCAUUCUUUUAUCCCUUGUUUUACCACCAUCUAUGUCGGUUGAUUGAGCUCAUAGCACCACACCCUUCAAUGCCCAAGGCCAUUUUUCCACACAGUUCUUGACUUCGUUGCUUGGUGUCAGUUAUUGAAGUUUUUUGGUGGGUUUUUUCCUGGUAACAAGGAUUGUGACGAUGAAGGCAUUUCAGUUGGGUGGUUUUGAGGGUGGCUAUAGUAGACAGAAGAAAAUAUCAUUUCUUGACCUUGUUUUACUUGUGAGCAUUUUUCUCAGCUUGAGCUUCGGUUCUGUGGAUUCAGAUGAUGGAGCGGCCUUGUUGGAGAUAAAGAAGUCAUUUAGGGACGUAGACAAUGUGUUGUAUGACUGGACGGACUCUCCAUCUUCUGAUUACUGUGCAUGGAGAGGGGUAACGUGUGACAAUGUCACCUUCAGUGUUGUUGCACUUAACCUCUCUCGCUUGAAUCUCGAUGGUGAACUUUCACCUGCAAUAGGACAGCUCAAAGCCCUGCAGUCAAUUGAUCUAAAGGAAAAUCGCCUUUCUGGACAAAUCCCAGACGAGAUUGGAGAUUGUUCUGCUUUGAUAAGUUUGGAUUUUUCUUCCAAUUCCCUGUAUGGAGAUAUUCCGUUUUCAAUUUCAAAGCUGAAAGAGUUAGAGUUCCUGGUUCUGAAAAGUAAUCAACUGAUUGGCCCAAUUCCUUCCACUUUAUCUCAGAUUCCUAACUUGAAAGUUCUUGAUCUUGCACAAAAUAGUUUGAGCGGGGAAAUUCCAAGACUUAUUUAUUGGAAUGAAGUGCUACAAUAUCUGGGUUUACGCGGGAACAAACUGGUCGGUAGUCUCUCACCCGACAUGUGCCAGCUCACUGGGUUGUGGUACUUUGAUGUUCGAAACAACAGCUUGACAGGUUCUAUCCCUCAGAGCAUUGGCAAUUGUACUGCGUUCCAGGUUCUGGAUUUGUCAUACAAUGAGUUUACUGGUGAAAUUCCAUUCAAUAUUGGGUUCCUGCAAGUUGCUACCUUAUCUUUGCAAGGAAACCAACUCUCGGGCCCAAUUCCAUCAGUUAUAGGCUUGAUGCAGGCUCUUGCAGUGUUGGAUCUAAGCUGCAAUAAUUUAAGUGGACCCAUACCUUCAAUUCUGGGGAACUUAACUUUCACAGAGAAAUUGUAUUUGCAUGGGAACAAACUCACUGGUUCCAUCCCCCCGGAGUUGGGAAAUAUGUCAAAGCUCCAUUACUUAGAAUUGAAUGACAAUGACCUUAGUGGACAUAUUCCAUCAGAACUUGGACAGCUAACAGAGUUGUUUGAUCUGAAUGUUGCCAAUAACCACCUCGAAGGCCCCAUACCUGAAAAUCUCAGUUCUUGUACAAAUCUAAAUAGCCUCAAUGUUCAUGGAAACAAAUUAAAUGGAACAAUACCCCGUGCAUUUCAGAAGCUGGAAAGUAUGACAUAUCUUAACUUAUCCUCCAACAAUCUUAGAGGACCUAUCCCGAUUGAGCUAUCUCGCAUUGGCAAUUUGGAUACUCUGGACCUAUCGAAUAAUCAAUUCACGGGUUCUAUACCCUCUACCCUUGGUGACUUGGAACAUCUGUUGAAACUGAACUUGAGCAACAAUGGUAUAUCGGGGAUUAUACCAGCUGAAUUUGGCAACUUAAGAAGCAUAAUGGAAAUAGAUCUUUCGAAUAACCACCUUUCUGGCAUAAUACCUCAAGAACUUGGUCAGCUGCAAAAUAUAUUUUUGUUGAAAUUAGUGAACAACAAUUUAUCUGGUGAUGUGGCAUCUCUCACCAACUGCCUGAGCCUCACGGUCCUAAAUGUGUCAUAUAAUAACCUGGCUGGAAAUAUUCCCACGGGCAAUAAUUUCUCAAGAUUUUCGCCGGAUAGUUUCAUUGGAAAUCCAGGUCUCUGUGGCUACUGGCUCAGUUCUCCCUGCCAUGCAUCUCAUCAAACAGAAAGAGUAUCAAUCUCCAAAGCAGCUAUACUAGGAAUUGCUCUUGGAGCUUUGGUAAUUCUUCUUAUGAUUCUAGUGGCAGCUUGCCGGCCACACCGUACUACACACUUCAUGGAAGGAUCACUGGACAAACCAGUUACUUACUCGAUGCCAAAACUUGUAAUCCUCCACAUGAACAUGGCGCUUCACGUGUACGAAGACAUAAUGAGGAUGACAGAAAACCUAAGUGAGAAGUACAUAAUCGGUUAUGGUGCAUCAAGCACUGUUUAUAAGUGUGUGCUUAAAAAUUGUAAGCCCGUGGCUAUCAAGAAGCUCUAUUCUAAUUACCCGCAAAGCUUGAAGGAAUUUGAGACUGAACUCGAGACAGUGGGAAGUAUCAAGCAUCGUAACCUGGUCAGCCUGCAGGGAUAUUCACUUUCGCCAUCUGGGAAUCUUCUCUUUUAUGAUUACAUGGAAAAUGGCAGUCUCUGGGAUCUACUACAUGGGCCAACUAAAAAGAAAAAACUGGACUGGAAUACACGUCUAAGAAUAGCAUUAGGUUCAGCCGAAGGACUUGCCUACCUCCAUCAUGAUUGUAGUCCUCGCAUUAUCCACCGGGAUGUGAAGUCAUCCAAUAUCUUACUUGAUAAAGACUUUGAACCUCACCUCACUGAUUUCGGGAUUGCAAAGAGCUUGUGUGCGUCGAAGACUUAUACUUCCACCUAUAUCAUGGGCACCAUUGGUUACAUUGACCCCGAGUAUGCUCGCACGUCUCGUCUCACUGAGAAGUCAGAUGUCUACAGCUAUGGGAUUGUUCUGUUGGAGUUACUGACAGGAAGGAAAGCUGUAGAUAAUGAAUCCAACCUCCACUAUAUGAUCUUAACCAAGGCAGCGAACAAUGCUGUGAUGGAAACUGUUGAUCCUGAGAUUACUGCCACUUGUAAGGAUCUUGGCGACGUGAAGAAAGUUUUCCAGCUUGCUCUCCUCUGCACCAAGCGACAGCCGUCAGAAAGGCCUACAAUGCAUGAAGUGGCACGAGUUCUCAAUAGCUUAAUGCCACCAUGCUCUGCCCAGAAAACAUUGACAUCCUCCACUGGCCUUGCUGCCGCCCCAUUGCCUUCAUCUGCCAAGAUGUGCUAUGUGGACGAAUACGUGAAUCUGAAGACACCCCACUUGGUAAAUUGUUCCCAGAUGAGCACUUCAGAUGCUCAACUGUUCCUGAAAUUUGGAGAGGUGAUAUCCCAAAAUAGCCAGGGAAGUUAAGUAAAAAUCAGCCUUGUUAAGUUUGGUUAUGGGACACUUCAAUUUGGAAAUGGUUAACAUCCUAAAAUUUUGUAUAAAUAUGUAGCGUUGUCACAUAUCAAUGAUUGUACUUGGUAGUAAAGUAGUAAGUAGUACAUGAAGAAAUGUAGCUAGGAGAAGGGCUUUGUGCCAGCAGUUAAAAAUCAAGACAGUCCCCCCAUGUUAUGUAUAGAAGUAUAAUCUUCUUCCUUCCAUCUUUCUCUCUUCUUUUUGGUGUUUCUUGGGUGGUACCUGGUCGUGUUUGGUGUUCAACUGUGGCCGUCAUCGAGUUUGUGUUACUUGUGAAAUAGACUCAAAGUUUCCUUGUCUGUUACUGUUACAUUCCAAACUGAAGUUGGUAAGUUGUUACUGAAUGUUGGGGGUAUAUGGUAAAAUUGGUUGCUGCAUUGUGUUUUGAUGAUUUUGUUUUGGGACCACUGACUGCAUUGCCAAAUUGCAGAGUCAUUGUUAUGGCUGGCAGGUACUAGUUAAGAGGUUUUGUUGUGUGUGCCACAGAACUCAGAAGUAAUAAUGCAAUUGUGUGGACCUUUGUAGGCUGUUUUUGGCUGAAUCAAUAUUAUUGGUUCUGUUUGGUGGUGUCGAUUUAUCAAUUUUGGGCCAUGCAAGUUUGUGCAGAAGUGG